AUGACAUUGCUUUUGCCAAGAGGUCGGUUGGGGUGGCGGGUUGAGAUUUGGGAGAAACAAAACGAGUGCGAAAGAGUUUCGGAUUGCAUAUGGACCAAGGAAGAAGUUGGCUCAGGCAGGCUGGAUUCCAACCUGGGGAGAAAUGCGAAGCUGACAGGCUGGGUGGGGAUUCAAGGAUUGAACGGUGAUGGAUCCCUUGAGAAGUUGAGCCUACCGACCUACGCACACCCAAGGAACCCUUGUCAAUUUGGAUGGUUGAUGGCGCCUGCAAAUCUGGACCAGCCAACACCGGGAGCUCCACGAUUGACGAUGAGCAGCGAACUGGCUGCUGAAGAUCCUAAGACUAUUAUUUCC